UUAAUUUCCCUAAAUAAGUACGUCGCAGUACUGCACUGACGUCAUUUUGAUUGAACAUGAGCAUGCGCGUUAAAAUUCCUGCAAUCAGCUGUUUCUUAAUUAUUCUUGAUUGCAUUAAAAGUGUACAAGGUUGAUUGCAUUGCUUCUGAUGCAAGAUCUCCCCCCAAAGGAGCCAUCGUUAACAUGCAUUCAAGUUUUUCCAUUUUAUAAAUAAUUAAAAAAAAAAUAGUUGAGUAGGGUAAAAUUAGAAAAAAAAAUGUCGAGGGACGACACUGAUCAGCAGGAUGGCAGCAGCGGCUGCGACGGCAGCAAAGCAAAGCAAAACCCAGGCCUGCCAGGAGGCUGAUAACAUAUUGAUUUUUCAAAACGUUUGUUGAACCAAUCACAAGUUAGAACUAUUUUUAAAGGGUGAGGUUGUCUGGUUUUUCUUUAGUUAGUAGUGCAAAUUGUGAGAACCAGCUAAAUGUGAAGUGGAUAACAGUUUAAGGGUUUUUCGCGUACCCGCUUCGGCGGCCGUUUCUCGUCCCCGUCGUAUUAAAUUGGCCACAGUCGGAUCCUCCGUCGCGUCGUUCCAAUUUCCAAAUCGUUCAACCAGCCAAAGCAAAACCAUUGCAGCAUCAAUUCAGUCCAAUGCAGGUGGCAACUUUAUUUCGUGAGUCAACCACUUUAUUGGGGGAAACCAUGGACCAACAAACUUCCAAUACAAAUACAAGUUCAACAACAGCAGUUUCUGCCUCAGGAUCCGCUGGGAAUAAUCAAAUUGGCAAUAUUGGCAUUGGCAUUAAUGGCACUGGCACUGGACCGCCUCCACCACCAGAUCAUCAACAUCAUAAUCAACUUCAAUCUCAUCAUACUCAUACCCACAGCCAUAGCCAUAAUUCACCAGGAGCCGGGCAUCAGCAUCACUUAUCCUAUGAACAGUUUAAUCAUAACCAUUAUCCUCACAAAUAUAAACUAAAUAUGAAAUUGGAAGCUCAUGACGAUGGCUAUGAAACAAGUGCGGAUAUUUUGAUAAACACUGCCAAUGUGAAUCAUAACCACCAUAAUCAUGAAGUGAAAAGGGAAAAAUUGGAUGAUCCAUAUAGUUUUAUCGACGACGAUCCGAUUCCAAUGCUUCCAUCGGCAGCACAGUUACCUCCACAUCAUAUGCCACCGAUGCACCAGUUGCCACCUCUAAACCAUCAAAUGUUACCAGGACCCAAGAAACGUGGGAGAAAGAAAAAAAUUAAGCCUGAAACUGGUGAGUUUCCUCAGGACUUAAAUGGAACACUUCCUAGGCCUAUAAAGGAGCGUAAGAAACAUGACAGGUUUAAUGGUAUGCCAGAAGAAGAAGUAUCAAAAAGAACGUUACCUGACCAUUUAACUGAAAAUUUAGAUAUAAUCAUUAUUGGUAUUAAUCCCGGUCUAUUUGCGGCUUAUAAAGGCCACCAUUAUGCAGGGCCAGGGAAUCAUUUCUGGAAAUGUUUAUAUUUAUCUGGGUUGACACCCCAACAGAUGUCAGCGGAUGAGGAUUACAAAUUACUUCAGGUUGGAAUAGGUUUUACUAAUAUGGUCCAACGUGCGACAAAAGGUAGUGCGGAUUUAACCCGCAAAGAAAUUAAGGAGGGUAGUCAAAUUCUGCUAGAUAAAUUAAGGAAAUUUAGGCCUAAAAUAGCAGUGUUCAACGGAAAAUUGAUUUACGAAGUAUUUUCUGGGAAAAAAGACUUUAAGUUUGGAAGGCAACCUGACUUAGUGGAAGGAACUAACACUCACAUGUGGGUAAUGCCAUCUUCGAGUGCAAGAUGUGCACAGCUUCCUCGUGCAGCUGAUAAGGUGCCAUUUUAUGCCGCCCUAAAAAAAUUCCGUGACUAUUUAAACGGACUGAUACCGGAAAUCGAUGAGAACGAAAUGGUUUUCAGCGAGCCAAAAGUCAAAUCGUGCUACGAAGCGGAACCAAAGGCAGACUUGUUUUCGGAGCUUACCGAUCUAAGUGGGACCGGCGUUAUUAAAACUGAAGACGGCACGAUAAUCCCCUGUAAAAAGAAACGUGGAAGGCCAAAGAAAAUCAAAGUGGAGGGCGAGGAACCGCCUCCGAAACCGGUCGUCCGUAAACCGGUCUCGGUCAGUAACAACAGCAACGGAGGCGCCGGCGAUUUCCCAAAAAAGAAACGCGGCCGGCCGAAAAAGGUCAAACUUGAAAACAUGGACGGUGUAAAUAAUCGGGGUGUGGCGGAGAAUAAUGGGAACAAUGGCGGCGGCACUGGGCAACAACAGACCGUGGGGGCGGCGACGACACAGCAUCAAAUGGCCAGUCAUUGUUUUUCGAAUCCGUCGCCGAUGCCGCAGUCAUCGCCGAAUCAUUUCUACGGAAUGAACAGUGCAAUGACGCCUCCAAGCAGUACCGCUAGUCAGCAGAUGCAGUACAGUUCUCAGGGACAAUCCGCGCAAGCGCAGGUUUAUCACAACCAUCAUUCGCCGAGACCACCCCCAUACAGUAGCCAAUCACCAAGACCUCAGUACAGUCAAUCUCCGCGACCGCAGUACAGCCAGUCGCCUCGACCACAAUACAGCCAGUCACCGCGGCCAGCGUACAGUCAAUCGCCUGCGAGACCUCAGUACAGCAAUUCACCUAGACCGCACUCGCAGCCGUUCACCCAUUCGGAUCUGAGUUCGGAGAUCAGUGCGGCGAUCAGUUCUGAGCAGCUCGGAUCUCCGGCGUCGCCGAUUGGUCCGCCGGAUUUCGAUCCGCCAACGAGUAUGGCGAACGAGGAGGCAGAUUGCCGACUUAGCCCGUCGCCGUCAACGAAUAGCGAAAACCCCCAUCAUUACCACAUGAGCCCUGCGCCUCCAUCGAAUCACAGCGGCGAGCACCACUAUCAUUAUCAGCCGUACAACAUGGAUGCGGGCCAGACUCAAGACAGUAAUCAGUAUUCAGGUUCGAGCCAACAGCAAAAAUCUCAGCAAGAUAUCGCUUCCAAAAGCUUGUCUGGUCUGGAAUCGUUAGUAGAUCAAAUUCCCAGCAUUACAGAUGGUGAGGGCGGUCAGAACGCUGCUCAACUGAGUGGUGGGACUGGUGGUGGCGGCGGUGGGGGUGAAAACGGCGCAAUCCCAGCGGGAGCCGAUCCCUACACGAACAGUUACUCGUCUGGCGCAGGUGCAAGGGUAAGCCCUGCUUCUUACAGUAACUAUCCUCCUUCAUCGAGUUACCCUAUUUAUCCGACUCCGACAUGGAGCGGGCACUAUGAGCCGAUGCCCCUCGGUUAUCCCCAAAUAUCCGCGUACCCCCAGAGCUACACUCCGGCGGGGAUUCAUGUACCAAACCCGAAUUAUCCGUACUACAGUUACCCUCAGCCCACCCCACCUCAUCCUCCUGGUUACCCUCCUUACCUAGGCGGCUUUUGAUUUCUUUUCUCUGUUGCUGUCUUUUAAUGUUGUGUACCUGUAAGAUAUGUUUAGCUAGUACCUAGCAAGUCUGUCCGCUUCACUAUAUAGUAUGGGAAAUUUCCUCAACAUUUCUUUGUUUUUAUAUACGUAUCUGUUUCAUUGGAGAAUUUUCGUGGAGAAUAAUUAAAUAAAUCAAGAAUUUUAAUUUCUUAUCAAGGUUUAGUUUUUGCAUGACAUGUUUGGGAAACUAUUUUUACCUUUGAUUGCUCAUUCUAACUUUCAAAUUGGCAUGUUAGUGCCAGUUGCAUUUUCAAGAAAGAAACUAACUGUGCCUUUAGUCAAAACAAACGCAGUUCUCUAAGAAUAAAUUUUAAAACUACAAAUAAUGAUGUACUACGUGCUGUUGUUAUAGAUUAGGACGGAGUUAUUAGAAAGUAUAUGGUAAUAAUAUUAGAUUAUUAUUUUAUUUAAUGAUUCUCCAAGUAAGUGUACAAGUUUGUAAAUGAUUUGCAUUUAAUGUAAAGUUUCCCAUAUUAAAUGAUGGUCACUUGCAUUUUGAAACCAGAGACUUGCACAGGGUAAAUGGUGAUAUUUUUUGUCAUAAGUAUUUUCUCUAAACUUUGAAUGUUAGUUAGGCCGAGGGUUUGUGCAUUAGGGUCAUUAUUCAGAUCUCAAGUCAAGUAUGUCUAAUAUGCCGUGUCAUGUCAAGUAUGUUUGUAAUGACAUGUCAUGUUAGUCUAUGCAUGAGAGCCCUGGACUUUAUUUUUUAGAUAUGUACAUCGUAUUAUUAUAAUAUGCAACUUUAAGUAUUAGGUAAUAAAUAAGGGUAAUAAAUUACUAGGUACGAAUAUAUAUUACACAUACCUACCAUUUUUCAUACCCAUUUAGCUAAUCCUCAAGAUGAACAUGAAUGUUGAAAUUGUUUUCUAUUUUAAAAUCGCAUUAUCAUGUCAGCUGUCACGAUGAACUGAACUGGACGUUAAGUUUUUUUAGUUUAUUGUUAUAUUUUUAUUUAUAUUGUUUUUAUUUUGUAUAUAUGCUAUUGUUUGUUUUUAACAGGUUAGUUCAGAGACGACAGUUGUUUUUUUACGUCUGAAAUAUGUUAUUUAGAGUUUGACAAUAAAAUAUAGACAAUUUCAUUAUUGAAUCGACGUACUAGUUAAUUUUUUUUUAUUGUCAAGGUAUGUAUUUGUCAUGAUAGCGGAAUUUAUUAAGAGUUUAUUUUAAACUUUACAUGCGAUCGUUUUUUUUUUUAAUACUUUUAGUCUCGAACAUCGUAAAGUAUAAAAAGAAAUGAUUUGUGAGCCAUACAGGCCUAUACUUAUGGUAAAAAAAGGAGACUAAUUCAGCGAAGCAAGGUGUUUUUAUUACAAAUAUAAUGAUUCAACUUCAAAAUCACUUUGUAUAGACCAUAAGUAUAUUUGGUUGCACAUGAAUCUACCUGUACAUAAAGAUCCUUAUUUUUUUAGAAAAUUGUGAACUGAUCCAAUAUUUUUUCCAUUAUAACCUUUCUUUUUUUAUUAAAUAGUAUGACUGAGCAGGAUGUACUCGAAAGAUUAAUUUAAGCCAAAUUAUAUUGUAACUGCGGUAAGGUCCAGGGCCGUGUGAUACUAUACCACAUCGUUAUAGCUAUAAGUCUUGGAAUUUGAUAUUUUUUUUUGAUGCCAUGUUAUUUUCGUUUUUCAAUUUAAAAUACAUAUUUAUUGCUCUAUUUGUUUCGACUACUUCAAGGAAGUGAUUCCUUUUCUAGUCAGUUUUCUUCUACGUGUGUCCUUACAUAUCUGUGUAUGAAAAAAUGACUUUUAGAGCGCGUUUCUAUUGGUCAGAUCUAAUGCAAGAGAGAUGGAAAUAGUGAAUUGUCCAACUGGAUACAGAGUGUUCAGACGGCUUUAUUAAGACUUAUUUUAAAAUGUUGUUAUUGUAUUCAACACAUACGUAAUGGUAUGGUCGUGAUGAGCAUUCUUACUAAAACUGCCAUCAAAAUACAUGAGUACCAAUGGUAAAAUGUCUUUUAAUGUAUUUGGUGAACAGAGUUAGUAAAAGUUAUAUACAGGGUUAUAAAGUUCAAAAUCUAGCCUAUCGGAGAGUAUAUUUUACACUUUUUGAUUCUGAACCCUCUGAAUUCAGGUGUUAGCUAAGUAUAAUGAUGAUAAUGAUAAAAAAAAAAUAUGUGAACCAAAUUUUUAACGAAAUUAGAUUUUAGGGUAGGUGGCGUGAUAUUGUUUCAUUUUUCGAUGUAAUUAAGAAUGCCGUGUUUGUUUAAAUGACUAUUGCAAGACUAAGUGACCUAAAGAUAUGGUAAUCAUGUGUACGUAAAUAUAUUUAGGAUUUGUACAUUUUCUUUUAUAAAAUAAGAAUAUUUCCUUAAUCGCACUAUUUCCUUCUCUUUUUCUUUUAUUUGAAAAUCUGUUCAUCCUUUUUUUUAGGAAUACGAGUUUUUCUUUGCCAAAAUGCAUAACAUUAACUAAAGCAUUCGGUGUAAAGUUUAUAAGAUGGUUUGUGUAUUUAUUUUGGACUUUGAAAUUUAGUUCUAAUGAAUAAAAAGUUUUUAAAGCAAA